AUGUCUAAGCUCUUUGGUUCUCUCCUGGUAGCCGCCUUGGCGGUUGGUGUGAUUGCUUCGCCAGUCGCCGAGCCAGCCAUCACUGAAGCCCCCAGCUUGGCAAAGCGAGCGACAUCUUGCACUUUCUCGGGUUCCUCUGGUGCUGCCUCGGCGAGCAAGUCGCAGUCUUCCUGCUCGACUAUUAUCUUGUCGAGUGUAGCUGUUCCAUCUGGAACAACUCUGGAUCUGAGUGACCUGCCAGAUGACACUACCGUCAUCUUCGAGGGUGAGACUACCUGGGGAUACGAGGAAUGGAGUGGCCCACUCCUCCAAAUCUCCGGUACCGGAAUCACCAUCAAGGGUGCUAGCGGUGCCUACCUGAACCCCGAUGGUGCGCGUUGGUGGGACGGCGAAGGUAGCAACGGUGGCGUUACGAAGCCCAAGUUCUUCUAUGCCCAUGAUCUUAUUUCCUCGACUAUCACGGAUCUUUACAUCGAGAACACACCCGUCCAGGCUGUUAGCAUCAAUGGCUGUGAUGGACUCACCAUCACCGAUAUGACUAUUAACAAUGAAGCCGGUGAUACUGCUGGCGGCCAUAACACCGACGGAUUUGAUAUCGGCAGCAGUACUAACGUGGUUAUCACCGGUGCCAAUGUGUAUAACCAGGAUGAUUGCGUUGCCGUGAACUCUGGAACGGACAUCACUUUCAGUGGUGGUGUCUGCUCUGGUGGUCACGGUUUGUCCAUUGGAAGCGUUGGUGGUCGAAGUGACAACGUCGUUGACACGGUCACGUUCAAAAACUGCGAGGUCAAGAACUCAGUGAAUGGUAUCCGUAUCAAGGCCACCGAAGGCGACACCGGCUCGAUCACGGGCGUGACCUAUUCCGAAAUCACCCUUGCCUCCAUCUCUAAGUAUGGUAUCCUCAUCGAGCAAAACUAUGAUGGUGGUGAUCUCAAGGGAACCCCGACUAGCGGUAUCCCUAUUACCGAUUUGACCGUGGAAAAUAUCUCUGGUGUUGACGCUGUUGCCUCUAGCGGAUAUGAUGUUGUAAUUGUUUGUGGAUCAUCUGGCUGCUCUGACUGGACAUGGUCGAGCGUUGAUGUCACUGGUGGAACAACUUACAGUGGCUGUGAGAACGUUCCCAGUGUCGCCAGCUGUUCGUGA